AUGGGGAUAACCGACGUACGCCUAACAAGCGAUUCACAGCUGGUCAUUCGACAAAUAGAGUUGGAGUAUAACACAUAUGACGAGACUCUAUCAGCGUACAUGGACCUGGUCCAAACUCUAGCAUCACAAAUACCGAACAUCAAAUUCCGACAUCUAUGCAGAAAAUAUCUAAGACACGCCGACGCCUUAGCCUACAUUUCUUCAAUGUUGAAAGAUGAGAACGUCAAACCCAUCAAUAUAACAACAGUAUACGAGCCUUCGAUCUCCCCACAGCAGGUCCUCGCUACAACAAAUCGUGAAGACGAUGUAGGAGAGGACAUUGCUGAAGACGAUGCAGGAGAAGAUAUUGUUGAAGACUUCGCCGAAGACGAUAUCAUGACAAUACCUAAUGAAGACGAAAACUUUAGUAACGAAGAAGACUGGAGGACCGAAGUUUAUCUUUUCCUCAAAGAGGGGACAUUGCCUGCCGAUAUGAAGCAAUCCCGAAAAGUGCAAUCAAAGUCACGGAGAUAUGAACUUCGUGACGAAAUCUUGUAA